AUUCUGUGUACGGGUAUCAACCAUCUGUUUGCUAAGAUGCACGGCAAAUAAUUUUAAAAAGCUUCAAAAGAAUGUGUGAAGAAGUUUCAACUUUUUACAAAGUAUAAUUGAAAUACCUGACACACGUAAUUCAGAAAAUAUCCAUCGAACAAGUUUUAACUUUAGUAUAUUUUGAUAUUUUGAAUCUUAACAUUUUUUAGGAUUAUUGUACUUGAUAUUUAUUCUCUAAUCAUUGUGGAAAAUAUGGAUACUUAAUAAGUUGUAGGACAAUUUGUGCAGUCAACAUUAUACUUUAAGUGAGUAUGCCUGAUUGUAUGCCGGUAACUUCUAUGACAUCACUCACCCUGGAGGCUAUAGCAGGAAGAGAAGAAGACGCAGUUGUCGUCGAUUAUAUUCUUAAAGCCUCGUCUUCAGCGGGGGACGUACAGGGCACAGAUUUGAAGUAUGGCUUUGAUGAAUUGUGUCCAGUAUGUGGAGACAAGGUGUCCGGAUAUCACUACGGUCUACUUACCUGUGAAAGCUGUAAAGGUUUUUUCAAGCGCACAGUACAGAACAAGAAGGUGUAUUCGUGUGUAGAUAACAGAAGUUGUCAUAUUGAUAAGAGUCAGAGAAAAAGGUGUCCAUAUUGUAGAUUUCAGAAAUGUCUCAAUGUUGGAAUGAAACUAGAAGCUGUAAGAACGGAUCGCAUGAGAGGAGGACGUAACAAAUUUGGACCCAUGUAUAAAAGAGACCGAGCUCUCAAACAACAAGCCCUUCGACAACAACAGCAAAUGUUGGCAACCUGCCAAAUGAGACUAGCUAAUGGAAUAGACCCAUUCUCUGUGACGAGCGGUGCAGAACCACCGGACAUAAAACCAGACCCAGCAUUUCUCAUGUCGGUGGCAAAUAGUCUUGGUUACGGCAUGAAUAAUAACCUCAGUCAACCCCAUACGCCUACGACAUCACCAACCGGUUCGGGAAUUCCGUCACCGACGGUGUCUGAUAACUCACCGCACGAUUUACGCCUGUCUGCCCCUGCAUCUACUUUAUCACAUUCACAAGGACAUAUUAAUACAAACUCUCAGGGAAUGUAUACAAACACAGGGAACUAUUUCCCGUCCACGGGUAAUAUGGCUCCCACAGGAGGUUACCAAUCGUAUUAUCACGCAGUACCACAUCCCUCAAACAUGCCUUUAUUACCCCAGUUGGUAGUGGAUUUAAAAGCUAGUGCGUUAGAUGAACGAGAAAUGAAAAAUAAACUAUUGUCAUUUGUGGACUCAGAGUUCGGUACAAAUGAUAUCACCAGUGAAAAUUACCAGUCUAAAUUACUUCAGUUGUUGUGUAGACUGUCAGAUCAACUGUUGUUUCUUAUGGUUGAAUGGGCGAGGACAUCUGUAUUCUUUAGAGAACUUAAGGUUGAAGACCAGAUGAAGUUAUUACAGAAUUGCUGGAGUGAAAUAUUAAUUCUGGAUCUUGCUCAUCGUCUACUCAGACAAACGUGGUCCGGAGAACUGAUAUUGGCAAAUGGACACAGGCUUAGCUUAGAUUGUCUUGAGGACUUGGGUAUACCCGAUAUAAAGGAUCGCAUACUGGAUAUAGUACGGAAAAUGAAGGAACUCAAAAUUGAUGACAACGAAUACACGUGCCUCAAGUUUCUUAUACUAUUGAAUCCAGACGUGUCUAACAUCGACUGUCAGGAGUUUGUAGAGAGUUGUCAGGAGAAGGUUCAGGCCGUCCUUAUGGAAUAUUGUGUCAAUUUUUACCCGAAUGUCAAGGACAAGUUUAGUCAAGUGUUGCUACGACUACCGGAUAUCAAAUUAGCAAGCAUGUGUGGGGAAGAGUUCCUAUAUAGUAAACAUUUAUCAGGGGAGCUCCCUGAACACACCUUACUAAUGGAAAUGCUUCACUCGAAGAAGAAAUAGUUCAAAUUUUAUAUAAAUAUAUAGAUGGUGAUGUUAACUUAAAAGUUUAGAGGGCUGAAGGGAACACUGUUGAAACCUGAUGGUGUUUUUUUCUGUGCUUUUUGAAGAGGUACGGCAGGUUUCUGUUCAGCUCUGCUGUUGGUUCAUAUAUAUUUUGAUAAAUUAACAUGAGCCGCGUCACGACAAAACCAACAUAAUGGGUUUGCGACC